UUUGCGCUUGCGCUUGCAGCAGAAGCGUCGGGUCCACCUUCCACCGCGACCGCGAGGGUGCGUGCGUCUUUCUCGUCGAAUGUGCACGAAUGUGAGUUAAUGAAGUGCAUAGCUCCUCCCGUGCUCUAGUUUCAGAGCUUCAGAGCUUCAGAGCUUCAGAGCCUCGAUCUCGAAAUCGGGCAGGGACAGGGAGGGACGGAGAUUUGGGCGGACCCUGGGAGGGCAAGAGAGUAGAUCUCUGAAGGCGAAGAUUGGGAAGGGACGGGCAAGAACUUUGGAGCAGGUGGGGGAUCGCGGCUUGUGUGCGAAUCGAAGGCGAGAGGACAUUGCAGGAGAGAAGAGCGAGCGAGCGAUCGGGAGAGAUGGCGACGGCGUCGUCGAGGGCAGGCGACGCGAUAUCGAUAUUUCGCGCUUUGCUACGAGUUCGGAGAGAAGCGUUUGCUGGCGACAAGCAGGCUCUGAAGUUAUCGGCCGCCCAGAUCCGGCAGGAAUUUGAGGCCAAUCGACAUGUGACCGAUGAGGCGACGCUUUCCGAGUUGCUUGCUCAAGGUCGAGAGGCUGUGGAUUUCAUCGCUCUGAAUGUGGUUCAGGCAAAACUCAACGACAGAGGCAACUACGAAAUGAAGUUGGAGAAAGAGCAUGCCGGAGAAACGGCUGAAGAAGUUGUCCCCACGACCAAGAAGGGAAAGAAGACCCCUUCGUAAUUGGCGGAUUCGUCCGUAUCUGCGAGCAAUGGCUCCCCUGAAUUUUCAGGACAGCAUUCAGUUUUGGUUCGCGUGGCACCGAAGGGCACGGUAGAGAUUUGGGUUCAGAUUUUGAAACGCUGGAAAGGGCUUUUGACUCCCUGCAAUCGGUGACAUGCAAUAUCUCACAGUUUUGCCGCUUCAAGUGGCUCUCGCUGUGCAAGUUUCAAGCACUGACAGGAAGUAGUAUCUCGUAACGAGGAGAAACGCUGCUGGGUUACUCUACGGCAUCCUGUAUAGCUCAAUUUAGAACCGUGCCGGAGACUAUUCUGCGGCCUUCGUGAAGGCGGGAUCACAUUGGGGCCACAUGUAAUUCAAUACAGUCGGCACCGUCCUUUCAGCAGCAGAUGAAUCAAGUCUUCACGAUCUGAGACGGAAGUCGAGGGAAAUGUCUUUGGAGUAUAUCGAGUGGCAGGGUAUAUUAAAGGAGCCGGUUACAAUGUUGUAGGAAUCGUGCUGAACACAGUAAAGACGAACGACAAUUUCCAAGUCACUGCUUGAGUAACGACAUUGCUUG